AUGGAUGAAUCGCCGCCACCAUAUCAUCCUCACGAUCCCAACCGCAGCUUUCCACCAACCGCAGCCCCGGGAUACGCUUUGUCGACUACCAUCAACCCACAGCAACACGCCGUACAAGACACCGCAGUCUCUUCUCGAGAAUAUGGGGUGCGCAGCAUCAGUCCUCUGGAGGUUGAGCAAUCGGGAUUCAUCUCGGCCGCGCCGUACUUUGAGCUUCGUCCCCCGAGUCGACCACAACCCCAUGACUUUUUCAUCCACACCAUUGUGAUUCAAACACAUGACGGCGCAGAGACAAUACCAUUCCCUCUAAAAAAUUCCCUCUUCCAACUGCGUGAGGUCGACGAAUAUGACUGGACAACCUUUGUGAAUCACCUGUUUCCAGCGCAUCGGGAAACAACGACCCACCCAACCCAAACGAAUGCACUGAACCAUUCGGCCAGAAUACAGUCCUUCUCUUCCAGCAGCGUCGAAAACGUAAAGUCAAGGACAGAAGCGCUUACGGACCUGGUUGAUCGUCUAUCUCUUCCACCGAGCAAGACAUCUACAGCUGGAAGUAGUCCUCUGACAGAUCCUUCCAGUCUGCGGAGAAUCAGAAUCGAAACCGUCGUGGCACAGUGGAACGCGGGGUUUUUUGGGCCUCGUGGCCUGAAAAUAAUCCUGAUAUUCCCUGAAGACUCGUCACCUACUGGGAGACUAACGCCGCAAUCAUGCGGUCGGGAUGCCGCUUCUUCGCUGGGAGAGGACAAUCCACUCCACAAAGCCGUCGCCAGAGGGAAAGAGUCGGAGGUGCGUCGCCUUCUUGAGCAGGGCUCAGUGUACAUUGACGCAAGAAACAGAAAGGGCGAAACACCACUCUACCGUGCAGUAUCUCAAGGAGACAAGUCGGUCGUGAAACUACUACUGGAAAACAACGCCGAUCCUCAAGCUCGGCCUCCAGAAGCAAACAGCCCUCUUCAUGUGGCCGUGAUAUACGACCGUUCAAGUAUCCUCAAGAUGCUACUCGAGAGGUCAACUGAGGGACUGGAAGAAGUAACUUCAGCAGGGGAAACCCCGUUAUAUCUCGCCGUGGCUCGCGGUCAAACAAAGAACGCCACGGCACUUCUGGAGGCGGGAGCCAAUGUCCAGGCGAGGCCAAUUGGGAAAGAUACAAUGCUCGACAUUGCAGUCAAUAGGCAUGAUUCUUCUAUGAUCAAAUUAUUACUGAAAGGCGGCGUGGAUGUCAACCAGAGAAACCGAGAUGGAGACACACCACUGAACCGUUUCAUUGCGACCGGGAAUACCAGCAUGGUCAAAACUCUCCUGGAACAUGGAGCCAACCCGAGAGGAAAGAACAGAAAUGCAGAAACGCCGCUGUCAUUGGCCGUGAAUCAAGGACAUUCGUCCAUCGUCUCUCUCCUCCUCGCGAGGGAUGUCGUCCAGAAGGAUAUUGAUUCUGAAAACCUCAAGGGGGAGACGCCAGUUUACACCGCCAUAUUAAAAGGGAGUUCCUCAAUUACCGAAAUGCUUUUGAAACACGGCGCCGACACCAACCGCCGACCUCUGAAAGGGGAGACGGUGCUGAACCUCGCCGUCUCCCAUGGUAAUAGCACACUGGUGAGCCAACUGCUUGACCGUGGGUCGGACGUCAAUGCAGCCAACAAAUCUGGAGAUAGUCCCCUCUCUCAAGCCAUAUCACGCGGCGACCUGUUCAUGGUCAGCCUCCUCCUGAGUGCUGGCGCCGACGUCAAUGCCGUCAAUGCUGAUGGCGACCCAAUCCUCUAUCGAGCAGUCUACAACGGCAACGCGACAGCCACUUCACUCCUCUUAGCUCAUGGUGCGAAGGCGAACGUACAGAGUCACAAUGGUGAGACGGUGCUGUACCGUGCCGUGUACAAGAACGACACUUCGAUCUGUGCCUUGCUACUCUCCUACGGUGCUGAGCCCAGAGGUGGAGCUCCCACAGGAGAGACAUGUCUAUACCGUGCCGUCUACGCCGGAAACACUCAGCUGGUCUCAUUACUGCUUGGUCGGGGAGCAGAUCCCAACGUCGCCAACGAGGCCAAUCCCACUGGAGAAUCGCCACUCUACCGUGCCGUUUACAGAGGUGACGUGUCUAUUGCCAUGAUGCUACUCAGCAAAGGUGCCAAUCCAACCGUCCCUAGUGUCAACAACGAGUCGCCAUUGCAGUAUGCCAUCAGGAAGAACAACAAAUCGAUGAUGCAGAUAUUGAGCAAUGUCUCGUUACGAUACUCUGAAACGAAGAUAGUGUAA